CGUCGGCGGACGGACACAGUUGCUUUUCGAGAAAAACAAAACAAACCAGCUUUCUAUAUUUAGCUACAUGUAGUGUUACCUAAACAUUAAGGUAGCUGUACUUAUAGAGCGAAGGGUUGAUUUACUAUUAGCUAACAAUAGUAGCGUAGCAAACAGGAUUAGCAAUCAAUUUCUCGGAAUAGCUUUAGAGUUUUCUUUAGCGAGACAGCUAACAUUAGAGGCUAGUCACUCCACGGUAUAAAUUCUGCUAGCUGUCGUAAACCGCACUGGCAACUGUUAUCUACCGUUAGCUGAGCUAGCUACGUGUUGACAGGUCGCAAACCGUAACAUUGUUCAGGACAUAAACAUCAGAGCUUGGGCGUACCUUCUUAAAAUUAGGUAACGUUAACGGACACGCACGCUCCUGCCAGAAUACUCUACUGAACGUUAGCUUGUAGCUAGGCUACACCGGAACCAUUUGGGCUAAUAAAGCAACAUUGGAAAGUAGAAUGUGACAACAACGGGUAUGGCUCGGUGCCACCCAGUGUAGCUGCUGCUUUGGCAGUGAAGUCAUGAAAGGUGUGAGGUGUCCGUUGACCAGGAGAACCCUGCCCACUCUCUCUUUGUAGCGCUGGAAACGUCUGUUCGUGGAAUAUCUCGUCUUCUUCACCUGCAACAUGCCUGGAUUGGUGGCGUUCGGUCGGCGGUGGGGCAUCGCCAGCGACGACCUUGUUUUCCCCGGCUCUUUUGAGCUGUUCAUCCGUGUACUUUGGUGGAUUGGCACUUUGAUCUUAUACACUCAUCACAAGGGUGAUUUUGAUUGUAAUGGGAGAAUUCUUCAUAGCUACCUGGUUGGACUACUGGUUGUGCUUGGUCUCAUCAUCCUGACAUUAUCUGCUAUUGUCUAUGUCAGUGCUCAAGGUACCAUUACUAACCCCGGCCCACGGCGCUCUAUCCCUGCGCUGGUGUACCUGCGAGCUCUGCUGUACAUUCCUGAGCUGGUGUGGGCCUGUCUGGGAGCUGUGUGGGUCUCUGAUGACAGCAAAGGGUGCGACCCUGCCACAGUGGGUGCUGUCAUCGCAGCAGUGGUUGCCAGCUGGAUCAUCCUGCUCUUUACGGCGCUGGGCGUGGUGUUUGUGUUUGACCCUAUGGGAAACCCUCGCCCUCAGCCUGCAGCCAUGGAGCCACUGGGAGUACGAGAGGAGGGCGUCCAGUUGUUCUCCACAGCUCGCUCCCUGGCUGUGAAGGUGUGGGAGAGCAGGCUGCGGCUCCUGUGCUGUUGUCUGCCGCAGGAUGAAAGCCACCGAGCGGCGUUCUCCAGCAUCGCACAGCUCGUCAGCGGCUUCUUCUCUGAUACAGACCUUGUCCCCAGUGACAUAGCAGCUGGUCUGGCUCUGCUGUCCCAGGAGCAGGAUAAGAUGGAGCGGAGCAGAGACCCAGACGACGUGGUCUCUCACAGUCCUUCCUCUCCUAUUGGAGAGGAUCUGGAGACAGAGCUGGAGAAAGCAGCUCACUGUAUGCAGUUUGCUGCAGCAGCGUAUGGAUGGCCUCUCUACAUCUACUCCAACCCCCUGACUGGACCCUGCAAGCUCAGCGGAGACUGCUGUAGGAGCCGAGCAGCUGAGUACGACAUCGUUGGAGGAGACCACCUGGGCUGUCACUUCUCCUCCAUCCUGCAGAGCACUGGUUUACAGUACAGAGACUUCAUCUACGUCAGCUUCCACAACCAGAUCUAUGAGAUCCCGUUCUUCGUGGCUCUGGACCAUAAGAGAGAAGCUGUUCUGGUGGCUGUGAGAGGAACUCUGUCACUGAGGGACGUCCUCACAGACCUGUCUGCUGAGUGUGAGAACCUGCCUAUAGAGGGCGUGUGUGGAGCCUGCUACGGUCACAAGGGCAUGUGUCAGGCUGCAGGCUACAUCUACAAGAAGCUGGUGAACGACGGGAUCCUGAACCAGGCCUUCUCCGUGGCUCCGGAGUAUAAACUGGUCAUCACUGGUCACAGUCUGGGCGCGGGCACAGCGUCACUGCUGGCCAUCCUCCUGCGGAACUCCUUCCCCACCCUGCAGUGCUACGCCUUCUCUCCACCAGGGGGACUCCUGAGUAAAGCCUUGGCUGAUUACUCCAAGGACUUUGUGCUCUCUGUGGUUCUGGGGAAGGAUCUGGUUCCCAGACUGAGCAUUCCCAACAUGGAGGACCUGAAGAGACGGAUUCUCAAGAUAGUCUCAAACUGCAACAAGCCCAAAUACCGCAUCCUGCUGCAGGGCUGCUGGUACGAGCUGUUCGGAGGAGACCCAGACGACUUCCCCACCGAGAUGGAGAACAGGAGGGAGGAGGAGCUCAGCCAGCCGCUGCUGGGGGAGGAGUCACUGAUCAUUCGCCACUCGUCAUCCUAUCAGAGCCUGGCGUCAGAUGACUCACCUGCCCACAAGGCAGCCCACUUACCGCUGUUCCUGCCUGGACGCAUUCUGUAUAUCACAGAAGACGGACCGUCACGGAGACCCUGUUUCUCUCAGGUCCGGUACCGGGCGGAGUGGUCCAGUGAAGAGGCGUUCAGGAGCGUCCUGAUCAGUCCCAGCAUGCUCGCGGAUCACAUGCCUGACAUUGUGCUCGGAGCGCUCACCGAUCUGACCAGAGACAAGCCGUUCUCCCUGUGCACGCCGACCCUGAACAGCAGCUAGCACAGUGUUAUCUGAAGUGUCCCACACAGACUGAACGAUCAUCAUCUGUCUUUAUGUGAACACCUGAUCCAGGACUGUCCGAGCUGCUGCACCUGGACUGUAACCCUCUUCAUACACACUUUGACUUGAUUGUAAUGGAAACAUGAGACGGUAGAUUAAUCUGUUGUAUCUCAGUGAAUGAACCUGUUCAUAGAAACACGUUGGACUGCGCUUUAAAUUAUUUAAUUUAAAUAAUUUGUUUUAUUUCAGCUCCAUGAGCACUUUCUUUAUGCCAUGAUCUUUGAAUGUGCGUUGUGUACAAUAUUUGACAGUGCUGCAGUUAAACUGUGAUGUCACUGUUCUACCCCCCCCCUCCUGGUCACUCAGUGCCCCCUCUGGUCUUCCCUAUCUGAGAAGACAAUGAGCAGCAGGAUGAACCAGGAAGUGAUGUAGACUAAAACAUAACAUUAUCAUUGUAUCGUGACUGUGGUUGGUGUGUGUUGUGUUGUGUUUAAUGUCUUGAGUCAGGGUGAAUAGUGCCUACGCUUCAGAGAAACACACCUGCUCUACGGAGAGACAGCGGAGAGUCGUGCAGUGUGAGCUCCUCAACAUGACAGGCCGACAGGUACAUUUACCUGUACAGUGAGUGGGAACCUGUUUACUCUCCAUGAGGUGAUGUGUUAAAGUUUGAAUCAGCUGAUGCCUGAAUAGCUAAAGCAUUAGACUCAAAUAAAAGCUUUUUCUGAA